CUUGCGUCGACUGCGCAGCCGGGCCCGCUCCUUGCCACGCGCGCCCCCAGGGGCCCCGGCUCCGGCGCCGGCAAGGGUCGCGUCCCGCUUACCUGUUCCUCAGGUAGCCAGCCAUCCGCCGCCAUGGGUGCCUACCUCUCUCAGCCCAACACGGUGAAGUGCUCCGGGGACGGGGUUGGCGCCCCGCGGCUCCCGCUGCCCUACGGCUUCUCCGCCAUGCAAGGCUGGCGCGUCUCCAUGGAGGAUGCUCACAACUGUAUUCCUGAGCUGGACAAUGAGACAGCCAUGUUUUCUGUCUACGAUGGACAUGGAGGGGAAGAGGUUGCCUUGUACUGUGCCAAAUAUCUUCCUGAUAUUAUCAAAGAUCAGAAGGCCUACAAGGAAGGCAAGCUUCAGAAGGCUUUACAAGAUGCCUUCUUGGCUAUUGAUGCCAAGCUGACCACAGAGGAAGUCAUUAAGGAACUGGCCCAGAUUGCAGGGAGACCCACUGAAGAUGAGGAUGAUAAAGACAAAGUAGCAGAUGAGGAUGAUGUGGACAAUGAGGAGGCUGCAUUGUUGCAUGAAGAGGCUACCAUGACUAUUGAAGAGCUGCUGACGCGAUAUGGGCAGAACUGUCAGAAGGUCCCUCCCCACACCAAAUCUGGAAUUGGGACAGGCGAUGAACCAGGGCCCCAGGGCCUCAAUGGGGAGGCUGGACCUGAGGACCCAUCUAGGGAAACUCCUUCCCAGGAAAAUGGCCCCACAGCCAAAGGCCACACAGGCUUUUCCUCCAACUCGGAACAUGGGACUGAGGCAGGCCAAAUUAGUGAGCCCGGUACUGCUACCGGUGAGGCUGGACCUUCCUGCUCUUCAGCCUCUGACAAGCUGCCUCGAGUUGCUAAGUCCAAGUUCUUUGAGGACAGUGAAGAUGAAUCAGAUGAGGUGGAGGAAGAGGAGGAUGACAGUGAGGAAUGUAGUGAGGACGAGGACGGCUACAGCAGUGAGGAGGCAGAGAACGAGGAAGACGAGGAUGACACGGAGGAGGCUGAAGAGGAUGAUGAUGAAGAGAUGAUGGUCCCUGGAAUGGAAGGCAAAGAAGAGCCUGGUUCUGACAGUGGCACAACAGCGGUGGUGGCUCUGAUCAGAGGGAAGCAGUUGAUUGUGGCCAAUGCAGGAGACUCUCGCUGUGUGGUGUCCGAGGCUGGCAAAGCUUUAGAUAUGUCCUAUGACCACAAACCAGAGGAUGAAGUGGAGCUGGCACGCAUCAAGAAUGCUGGUGGCAAGGUCACCAUGGAUGGACGAGUCAAUGGAGGCCUCAACCUCUCCAGGGCCAUUGGAGACCACUUCUACAAGAGAAACAAAAACUUGCCACCCCAGGAACAGAUGAUUUCUGCCCUUCCUGACAUCAAGGUGCUGACUCUCACUGAUGACCAUGAAUUCAUGGUCAUUGCUUGUGACGGCAUCUGGAAUGUGAUGAGCAGCCAGGAGGUUGUAGACUUUAUUCAAUCAAAGAUCAGUCAACGUGAUGAAAACGGGGAGCUUCGGUUAUUGUCAUCCAUUGUGGAAGAGCUGCUGGAUCAGUGCCUGGCGCCAGACACUUCUGGGGAUGGUACAGGGUGUGACAACAUGACGUGCAUCAUCAUUUGCUUCAAGCCCCGAAACACAGUAGAGCUUCAGGCAGAGAGUGGCAAGAGGAAACUGGAGGAGGCACUGUCCACGGAGGGGGCUGAAGACACCGGCAACAGUGACAAAAAGAAGGCCAAGAGGGACUAGUGGUCAACCGGACCCUGCCCAUGUGGACUGUUUUCUGAGCCCUUGGACCCGAGACUGAGUUUUGUCCUUGUCCUUUAGCCUUAGCAGUGGGUAUGAGGUGUGCAGGGGGCUGGGUGGCUUUCCUCAGCCCAUUACAAAGAGGGCCCCCCACCCCCCCCACGCGGCAGCCUGGGAGGCUCUGCUGUCCUCUUAAGCCUCCUUACUCUCCUUGGGCUCAUCGACUAUCGGUUCUGUGCCUGUGCUCUGUUGUGUUGGAGGGAAGGACUGGUAGUUCUGAUUUUUACUCUGUGAACACUUUAUUUAAGGACAUUCUUUUUUAUUGGCGGCUCUGUGACCCCUAGCCGCUUGCACCCGCUCUCUGUUGUACACUUUCAAGCAACACUUUUUCAGACUAAAGGCCAAACAAAAGCUAA